AUGGCGAAAUUUCUCUCCAAAGCAGUUUGGACGCAAUGUUAUCGCAUCCCUGAGCCUCCUUUGACGGAGAAAAACCUUCCCGAUCAGGAUGGCCGAGUCCAUAUCGUCACUGGUGGGUAUGCCGGUGUUGGCCGAAAAUUGUCUGCAAUCCUCUACGGAAAGGGUGCCACAGUCUAUAUUGCUGGCCGCAGCGAGCAAAAAGCCGAAGACGCCAUGAGUCAAAUCAAAGAAGAACAUGCAUCAUCCUCGGGUCAUUUGCACUUUCUACUACUAGAUCUCAAUGAUCUAUCAACCAUCAAGGCGUCCGUCCAAAACUUUUUAUCUAAAGAAACUCGCCUUGACGUUCUCGUUAAUAACGCCGGCGUGAUGUUCCCUCCAAAAGGAUCCAAAACAACCCAGGGACAUGACUUGCAAUUUGGAACGAAUAUGCUGGGACCCUUUUUGUUCACAAAGCUCUUGAUGCCAAUCAUGGUUGAAACUGCCAAAACUGCCGCCCCGGGUUCAGUCCGGGUUACCUGGGCAGCGAGCCUGGCCAUUCAAAUCUUGUCUCCAAACGGUGGUGGCCUUGUGCUGGACGAAUCUGGCGCACCUAAGAUCUUUGACAGCCAACAAACCAACUAUGGACAGACCAAAGUCGGCAAUGUUUUCUUGGCCGUCAAAACCCAGGAGCUUUUCGGCUCUCAAGGAAUCAGAAGUGUUUCUUUCAAUCCCGGCAACCUAAAGACGGAGCUUCAGCGUCAUUCUUCCGGUUUGAUGAUGAAAGUGGCCGAGCCAAUGCUCUAUCCAGCCAUCUUCGGUGCUUACACAGAGUUGUAUAGUGGCUGGAGUGAGGAAAUCGGUGCUGACAAGAGCAUCACGUACGUUAUGCCUUGGGGAAGGGACGGCACGGAUCUCGUGAGAUCCGAUAUUCAGAAGGCUAUUGGAAAUGGCUUAGCGGACAAAGUAUGGGAUUGGUGCGAGUUGGAGACGACAAAAUAUUCAUAA